CCAACCACUGUUCUCCCUCUAUCCUCAACCCGACAGCCUCUGCACACGAUCAGUAUCAUGUUCGACGAAUUUGUCGUACAUCAGCAUCCCUUCAACGCCACCCUCGAUGCUGCAGCCGCCAUACGCAAAAAUACCCACCAAAUAUACAGAAGAUUUGGGCCCUGCGUCAGACUCAUCGCAAGCGCACAGUCCAGCAGAAGGCCCAAAUGCGCCUUUCUGCACGAUACUGCAAAAGCCCUCGGCGCCUAUAUUGCGGAAGUUGCCUCCCUUACGGAGACCGUUGACCUGCUCUUCGGCGCGGUCACGGAUGCAAUUCAGUUCAAUAAGGACAAUCUGGAACCGUGGCUCGACACGAUUGCGAGCCAGUACGAGAUUCUCGUUGCGCACGUUGAUGCACUGCGUGCGCAGGGGGCUGCAUUGUUGAGCGCGCUGGAUGCGCUGGGGCCUGCGGUCACAGACGCCCUCGAGUACUACCCCAGCGUACAUUUCUUGAUCUUCAAAGUCGCCUCACCGAUGGCCCAAUUCUCUGGCAUGGGCGACUACGCCACCGCGCGCGAGGCCGCUUUGCGAGCCACGCCAGUCGAGCUAGACAGCUGGCGCGCGCUCAUCCACGAGAACGGCGAGCUCGUCGACACUAUGGAGUCCAACGCGGAAGAAGCGCGUCAGCGCUUCAGCGUGUGUACUUUGGUCUACAUACGCGGCAGGUGUCUUGAGGAGCGCCGCCUGCAGGUCAUGGCCCUGAUUUGGAGGAUGAGACGGGCCUUGCAAAUAGACGCCGAGGGCCUGUAUGGCGAUGCGAAGAUAUUGCGGUUGGAGAGCGGCUGCAAUUGGCUUUACCUUUGGGGGCAUUGAUCACUUCG